AUGUUGUCAUCCGCAACUCUCGCGGCCCUUCGUCGCGUGCUCAUCAGCUCCGGCGCGGCAGCUCCAUGGCGCCAAUCCACGGGCCUAGCAGCCCGCGCAUUGGUGUUGCGCCUUGCUACGCCAUCGGUGCGCACGAUUAGCAUCUCGGCAUCUAUGCGCUCGCCGGCGGCCAAGUCAACCACGCCAAAGUCAAAGACCUCGGCCAAGAAGAAAACGACGACCAAGAAGUCCACAAAGCCCAAGGCCAAGAAACCUGUCAAGAAGGCCGUCAAGAAAAAGGUCGCUGCCAAGAAGCCGAAGAAGGCAGUUAAGAAGAAGUUGACGCCUGAGCAAGAGGAAAGGGCUGAGAUUAAGAAGCUGAAAGAGAUGUCGCUGCUGAAAGGACCGACCUUGCUUCCGGAGACAGCUUGGAAUGUAUAUUUGGUCGAUAACAUUCGCGGCAGCAGCGGUUCAGCCAUAGAAAGAGCCAAGGCCCUUUCCACCAGCUUUAAGAACCUGACCGAGACCGAGAAAGAGCGCUUGGCCUCAGUCGGCAACUCCAACAAGAUUGCCAACCAAGAGACCAAGAAGAACUGGGUCCAGUCGUUUCCCCCCGAGGCGAUUUACACGGCCAACCUGGCUCGUCGUCGCCUGGCUCGCAAGACUGACAAGAGCAAGAUCUACUUGAUCCACGACGACCGACUUCCUCACCGUUCUGGAAACGCCUUCACUCUGUAUUUGAAGGAGCAGUAUAGCCUGAUUGGCGCCGAAAAAGCUACUGAUGCUAUGAAGACCAUUAGCGGGCAAUGGAAGUCACUGAGCCCCAGCGAGAAGGCUCCCUACGUCGAUCGGGCUAAUGAGCUCAACAAAGGAUCAGAAGGUCAAGCCAAGACCUUGAGAGAGAAGGGCAACCAGUACUGGAAGGAGAAGCUUGCCUCGCCUGCAGCUUAG